AUGGCUCCCUCGCAAGAAGAGACUGGCCUCCAGCUACACAAGCUGGACGGUAAACACAACUACGUCCGUUUCCGACAAAACUUCGAUCGAGUCCUCAAAAAGAAGGACCCCGAGGUGUGCAAUGCCACGCCUGAGACCGUCAAGUCGGAAAAGGCGAGACAGGCGGUGGAGACAAUAGGCAGGUCUCCUACCAGGAGCCUGAAGUCAAUGAUCGCGACUUUGAGGACGAGGAUUCUGAUGGUCAAUAUUAUGAGCCAGCACGAGCUCUCAAGGUACGAGAACACCACCACGGUGUUUAUCAUGAGGGGAUUACGCAUCAGGGAAGCGACUGGUAUCGAGAAGAUCGGCAGCGUUGAACGCGGCUUGACCAUUUUCGUCCUAGGCGAAAUGGCUGCUGACCUGCACGGGCUCAUCGUGGGCAUUCGCCAACCCAAGGGCUUUGUAUUCCACGAAAUCGGGUCGACAAUCCGGUUCAACGUCAGGUCCAGGGAGUUCAAGGGCAACAACCACAUCUCUCCUGCCCCCAAGGCGACCUUGACCGAUGACGACGACUACAACGACGACGAGGAGGAGCCACAGAUCCAUCUCACAGGCCGCGCUCAAGAGGGCAAAGACCGUCACCGUGGGAACGCUCCGGCGCCAUACCGGGCGCCGAGGACAACGGCACCAGGGGUAAAGAGCGACUACAAUGAAGACGAGGACGAGUCUCCUCGUCGUCGUCGUCCUAGAUUUGCAGCGACAAGUGCCACCAUCAUUAAUGACGAGACCAUCGCAGCCUUACUCUCGGAGCGCCUCGCUACCAGCAUCCGGCAGGACGCUUCCGCCAAGGUGUUUUCCACCAACAACGAGCUGCAAUUGAUCGCCCAACCAUCCUCCUCGAUGCAGGCGCCAACGGCCAAAUUUUCAACGACAAGAAGCUUUUCACCAAAUUCGUCCUAA